AAUGGAUUGGGUGGACGGCUGAGUAUGUAUACAUUUUAUGCUGUAACUAGCCAGUCUUAUUUUAGUGACCGAUACAUUUUAGUCACGGGUAUUCAAGAUAAAUGAUAAAAAAAAAUCGUAUCAUUAACUAUUAAUACUUGAUUAGUUUUAAAUAUAACAGUUGUGUGUUUUAUUUUAUUUUUAUACAAUAAGUGCAUACUAUACGUGUGAUUUUUGGACUAAAAUGAUUCUUACGCGAACGCCGAGUUCUUCGCACCCGUGUAGACUGAAUACGGCUAUCACAUUGUUGCUAGUCGUUGUUUCGCUAGUACACGGUUUUCCGUUAGAUGGACAACAACUCGAUUCUGCGGUGGAAGGCGUACAGAAAUAUUUGGAAUCGUCUGGUUUUCCUAAAAUGACUCGUGGUGAAGUUUUGGAUUUUUUGAACGAUUUUUCAAAGAACUCUCGAGUAAGCCGUUCGAAUAAUAAUGCAUUAAAUGUGAAAAAAGACAUUACAUACGUCACACCACAACCUGAUUUUGAGUACUCAAAUACUCAAACGUAUACUGAUGUAACAAAAAGUAAAACUCCUGUACCAAAAAUCCCUAAUGGUGAAUCACCGCUAAAUUAUGGAUAUCCAAUGAGUAUAAAUAAACAAACAGAUCUGUCACAGCCAUCGUCUACACCAACAAUAUUUGUGACAGUGCAAGAUGGAAAUUUAACUAACGAUAAAAAAACUGAGAUUAUGUUGCAAACAAUGCAAGAAAGAAAUGCACAAAAAAAAAAUAUCAGCCCUUCUGUCGAUUUAAAUGCGUAUACUAAGUUCAAAAAAAUUCCUGAAGCCAGAAAUUUGAAAAUUGACGAUGAUAUGAAAGAUUUUCUUCACAAUUUUGGACUAUUAGAUACUCCGAAAUCAGGUAAAUCGAUUAAUCCAAAUUCUAACGAACCAAAAAGGCGAAAUGACGAUGCUACCGUAACAGAAACCGUGGACGAAAAAUUAUUAAAAUCAAUUUUAGCUGAAACCGGUAAUAGUGGAGUAAACAUAUCCCAGUUUCAACCGCUGCUCGAAAGUGCAUCAACCCGGGACCAUGUGUUCAACCCGUCCGACUCUAACGUCAAAACUAUAGAUAUCAACAGGAUAGCAAAAAUAGUGGCAAAUAUACGGCUAUUGGCCGAUGAUAACAAUACUGUUUCAUUGUCACAAGAUGCUAUCAAAAAGAAAUUAGAAAACAUAACAGAGGCCAUUUCUGCUAUUGAUCAACCUACCGAUAACAGUGCAUUUAAUGGGUAUGAAGUGUUCUUCGACGAUAAUUCCAAAGAAGUCGAUUCUGAUUUGCCAGAGUCACCUAUUGUUCCAGAGACUCAAUCUUUGAAUAAGGCACAGAAUCCUCCUGAUCCUUUGUCCACCGAUGAACUUCAAAUGCUGUUGGAAAAAAACAAAAAUGACGUCAAACGUCAAGAGCCAGCGAACAAUGAUUCCAUAACAAAUAUCACAACCUCUACCGAAGAAUCAGUGCCUGUCGCAACGUCCUCUGAAACCGUGGUAACAUCUGUACCCAUUGAUUCGUCUUCGGAGGCAACGUCGGUAGAAGUAACAUCUGGCGCUAAUGCAGCAAGAGAUUCUUCCACGGUAGCUGAUACAAAUCCGAGUCUAUCUCAAUUGGCCGAAUCGUUUGGUGGAGGCGAGACAGCUAGUAAUCCACCGACAGUUGAUGAAAUGAUAACACCUGGACCCGAUCGACCUAAAAAUGGUUUGUAUUUCUAUGUGGACUGGAACUCAUUUUUGACAGUUAACGGAGGUCAAAAGAACCAAGUUAACUUGAGGUUUGCACCGAAAGCUGGGAACCCAAAUCAUUUUAUCAAGGUCAAUGUACCAUAACCAAUUUUAGACGUUAUUAAAUUAUUAAUCUAAAUAAUG